AUGACAAUCCGGGAUUCUCGCAACGAGAAAAGUCCCCUCCCAUUUUCGAUACUCCCGCUCAAGUGGCAAAUUGCCCGCGAGGACGCGCACGGAGGCCACCGUGCCACCCAAGCAGCAAUGGCAACACUACCUGCUUUCAGCGGGGUGAACCGCUUGCCGGAAGAGAUUUUGGGGAAGGUGUUCAAAGAGCUCUUUCCUGAAGAAGCCACCGAGUAUCACCGAAUGGAGCUUACUUCGCUUAUGGCUGUCUGCCAUGAUUGGAGAAGCAUAAUUCUGUCUACGCCGCAGCUCUGGAACAACCUCUCUGUUUCUCUGGAUUUGUGUUGGGUCGAUGGUCAAGUAAAUCCUUGCAUCGACCCGCAGUUUGCGACCCGCAUCCGAAACUGGUUCAAUCGCGCCCAGGCACUGCCUUUGACCCUCUCCUUGACUAGAGAAAGCAUGGACACUUUUCCAUCUGAUGCACUGUCCACUCUAAACGGCAUUCUCGCUCUUCUUCUCGAAGAUCGCCACUGGACGUCGUUUCGACUUCGACUGAAGAAUGCACGCGAUACACUCAUUCAAGAGGCCCUCAAGAGCUUUUUUGCUCGCCUUAAGGACACCCGUCAUCGCCCAUGGAAAAGCCUCCGCUGCCUAGAACUGCCUCUUUCUUACACCUGGAUGUCGUCGCCGAGUCUGUGGCCAGUUCUCAACGAGCCACUCCAAACGCACACCCCUUUACUGCGAUGCAUGGAGAUACAUCUUUCCUUACCCCAGUCUCUCCAAACGGCGCCCACUAUUUCCCAUGAAUCUCUUAAACAUCUACGGUUAACCAUUCCAAGCCCCUCCGUCCUUUCAAUUCUCACUGGAUUCCCCAAAUUGACGAGCCUCGAGGUCCGGCUCACCUCAACUCGACUUUGCCAUUUCUCCGGCUCUUCGUCUGUCCUUCGAGUCAAGCACCCGGGGAUCACCAACCUGACAGUCCUUGAUGCAACCCUGACCUCUUUUAACUGCCUCACGCUGCCUAACCUCAAUCACCUGCGGAUUGGCAGUCACGACCUCUUCACAAGUUCGCUAACCAAGGUAGAGCACGGAUCGGCCUUGGACGCAUUCCUCCGACGCUCUGAAUGCCAGCUUCAAUCCCUUCGGUUCGAUAAAACUAUCACGCUGCCCCCAGACCAGCUUCGUAUUCUACUAGAAAGACUGUCACGGAUGCCAACCCUGGAAGAGCUGGCUUUCUCGUCCGAGGAUGCAUUUCCCGACCAACUGGCAUACGGGGUGAGCAAUCUGAACGCGUCCCAGGUCCCCGGUCCAUAUCGACCCCUGGUUCUCCCAGCACUUCGAAAACUCACCUUGCAUCGACAAAGCGCCAACUUCAACCUCUCGGCAUUCAUUUCCUACCUGGAGGACAGGCAAUGUCUGUUCCAUUCGAUGGAUCCGAAAGAGCGUCGGAAGCCGCAUCUCCCACCUCUUACCGUCGAAUUAUCUCGCCCUUUCUGCGCUUUCGAAAUGAACUGCUGGUGCCGUACGCGCGACAGAGAAAAGUUCGCGAAAUUGAAGGAGUUAGGUGUUCAGAUAGUCGUCGGUGGGGAUUUGUGGAUUUGA